AAGCCGUGGAAAAAUAUGGGCCCGAAAGCCCGCUGCUGCCUCACUGUUCUGGUAGCGUGGGCGACGCUUCUACUGUGUUUUUCGCUGUGGGUCCAGAAAUGCGGAGCCGACUCUUCGCUGUCGGCGGCGCCCAAAAAUCUUCGGACCGAGGACAUCAAAGGCGAAGAGACGGUGCUCGCGGGAGGGCGUUCACGUUUGGACGGCGGCAGCAACGAGACAGAGAUUGACGUGGCUCGACGUGUAUGGAAGGACCAGGAGGGACGGCUCAAGGCGGGCAUCGAGUCUUUCUUCAAGGCAAUGUUUCCCAGGCUGGUGCGACUGGGAUCGGAGGCCGAGAUCUCGACGGAAUGCCAAGCAGCGUACUUCAAGAUGUUCCUCGCCGUUCGGCAGCUCAAGACGUGGGCUUUAAAGAUGGUGGACUCCUCUGGCAAGAUCCCGAACGGCGUGAUGGCUGGCACGGCGGCCUCGUUCGGACACUUCGACCAGUGCCUCGCAAUCGAGGUGGAGGGGGAUGCCUUCCGCGGGAAGUUCUGCACACUGGAGCUCUGGCUCAGGGACUUUCCAAGACCCAGCACCAACGCCGCUGACAUCAUCGAGGACAGCGAGUCGGUUUUGACCUUCUUCUACGACAAUGGCUACUGGCUCCAGCUGUUUCCCGCAAGGAUCGGUAUCUGCAUACCAUCCACGUGCAGUGGCGAAGACCUUCAAAAGAUGGCUGGCAAAGCUUCGCAGGAGAUCCAGAUAACGGCAAACGUCACGUCGUGUCAAGUGAAGGAGCCAAUCAGCUUUUCCCAGGAGCAGCUUAUCGUUCUCUGCAUCCUGGGCGUUCUCCUGCUCCUCGCCAUUGUCGGUACAGGAGUCGACGUAAUCUGCAUUCAAGACGUCAAGCGCACAGCGAUUGUUUGCGGUCGACUGGCGGAGAUCCUGGCGAGCUUCUCGCUUGUGCGCAACACUCGGUCGCUCUUCGGCCGUUCGGAGCACGCCACCGGACCACUGGAAGCCCUCAACGGAAUCCGCGUCAUCUCCUGCUUCUGGAUCGUGCUGGGACACAUCUACUUCCUCACGGACCUCUCCACCUACAUCCGCUUCGCUUCCUUAACCAAGCUGCAAGUUCUGUUCAAAGACUUCUUGUUCACCCUGGUCGAGAACUUCACGCUGCCUGUUGACACCUUCUUUUUCAUCACUGGCCUGCUCCUGGCAUACAACCAGAUGAAGAGAUGUAACCAAACGAAGAGUAGCCUCAGUCUCUGGAACAUGAUCUCUGCAGUCUUCCACAGAUACUGGAGGAUGACGCCAGCAUUCGGACUUGCCACGGCGCUGUUCGUGCUGAUGCCGGCGUUCGGGAGUGGGCCCAUGUGGGGCGACGUGCUGGGCCUGGCUUCCGAGAACUGCCGCCUCUACUGGUGGACCAACCUGCUCUACUUCAGCAACUACCUGCCAUACAGUAAAAUGUGCAUGCUGCAUUCGUGGUUCCUGUCGCUGAACAUGCAAUACUUUGUCAUCGGUCUUCCUCUGGCUCUGAUGAUGUUCAGGAAACCGAAGGUGACUCUGCUGGUUAUCAUCUCCCUAACUGUAGCAAGUUGCCUGGUCACUAGUGCGGUGACUUAUAUGAACGAACUACCUCCUGCCAUGCUUAUGAUGACGGCGCGUUGGAGCAAGGCGAAGCAGCUACUGAACCUGGUGUACUACCAGCCAUUCACGCACUUCGGCCCAUUUGCAAUUGGUCUUUGCUUCGGCUACACCCUGCCCACGGUCAAGGUGCCUCGUUUCGGAAAGGUUGCCUUGGCUGCCGGCUGGCUGAUGGCCAUCGUGCUGUGCGGCUCUGCCGUGUUUGUGGCGUAUCCGUUCCGGCGAGGCGACACCGCCUUCCAUCCGCUGUUGUCAGCCGCGUACGCGGGAUGCCACCGCACCCUCUGGACCAUAGGCAUUGCCUGGGUGACGCUGCUCUGCGCUACACAGCAAGCAGGUCUCGUGGGUGAAAUGCUGUCAUCUUCCGCCAUGACUCCGCUGAGCCGACUGAGCUACUUGGUGUUUCUUCUGCACCCGGUGCCCAUCUACGUCCACGUGGCUUCCGUGCGGGAGUCGUUUCAACUGGACCACUACUACAUGUGCACGCUGUAUUUUGGCAUCUUGGUCACUUCCAUUCUAAUGGCGUACGUGGCUUACCUGACGGUUGAGGCCCCCUUCACUGCUCUGGAGAGGCUGAUGCGGUCGCCUCCGAAGACUGUUUCUGACCGUGUGCAGACGCCGCUGCCCACAUUCAACACGGAGCCGCUGCAGCAGCAGCAGCAGCAGCAACAGCAGCAGCAGAACAAGGAGGCUGAUGGUUGGAGGUCACCGAAGCUAAGUGCUCCAGCCGCCGCAGCGGCAGCCCUGAACGGAGGAAACUCAACACUGUCGCUGGCCAUCGCGAAGACACACGAAUCGAGCCACCUUUAAGGCUACUCUUGUGAGGCCUUCCUUGCACGGUGCAGAAUAAUGUUGCAGCCGCCUCUUUGAGAAUGACUGUGCUUGGGAGGUCGAGGAAGCCUCGUAAAGGAAACGUGGUAGUUUGAAGUUUUUGUGAGAGUUUUCUGAAUAGGAAAGAGUUUGUGUAGCCAAAGUGACAAGCUGGAAUGACUCUAACACCUACCUCCCCUACCUUUAAUAUGGGCAACUGUAGCAGAUUGUGAGUCACAACGUUUGCCAUUCUUGUCGAUGUGCAAAAAGGAAACUGACCGGGGUAAAGGCCAAAGAUAUUGGUCGGCAGGAAACGCGAGCGUCAAGAGUAUCUACUGCUACGUCGAGAUUGUGCGUCCAGUUUUAUGAGCCAGAAAGUUAUGCCUGCAAAUUUCAUACUGUGCACUUGUGGGAAAGAAAAUGUAAACUAACCGAACGGCCGGCCUCAUAGAAAAACGCUAUUCACGUGCGAAAGUGUCCACUCUAUAAACUCUACUUUUUUGCUCAAAAGAAUGAAAUCAACGUUCAGUCAGACCAUCGCAUAAAAGCUUCUCCCUUCUUUUCUUCAUUACACUAGCAAUAUUUCUAACGCGUGUAGGCGGUGCUAAAAGUUUUGGUACGAAGCCAGGGAUGGGAAGUUUGUGAUGGAUACUCCUGCAGUUUUUGUUCUUUUUUUGCACUAGGGCAAUCGCAAAGAGUGCAUAAGGGGUUGGGGGCACAUGGAACGCGUUGGACCUGUCCCUCACUCAUAAGGUCAUGUCAUAGAACUAGCUAACCGAUCGUUAAAGGGACACUAAAGGCAAAUAACAGUUUAGACUACAUAGAGGGAUCAAUACUUAACCGCUUAAGACGACAGCAUUUUCAAGGACAGCGCCAAGUGAUCGUGCUAAGAAGGUAAUUGUAAGAUAAAAAUUAUGCUGUGAGGUACGAAAUGCGACUCAAGCGGUACAUUUUCGUUUUGACCCGAUGGCGCAGCCCGUACUCUGUCGAUUCUGUCACUAAUCUGCUUAUACAA